CGAGAGAGAGAGAGAGAGAGAGGAGAGAGGGGAGAGUGAGCUGUGCUUGAUUUUGAACUAAAGACAAGGCGGUCUUUAAAAUCUAUCCUUUCUGUCACUUUGCUUUUAGACUGGUGUCGUUUUUGGGCAGAAUUGAGGGCGUAGUUUAGGCUAGUGGAAUAGAAGAGGAUAGAAAUAGCAAAAACUAGGAGACACAGGGGAGAAACCAGGAGAGAGAGAGAGAGAGAGAGAGAGAGAGAGAGAGAGAGAGAGGAGUGAUUAAUCACUGAGGAGUUUUAGGCCAUGAAUUGAUUCAGUGUUCAGAGGCCUCUGAGAUUUGGUAGAUAUACAUUUUGUUUGUGAAGGUUUGGCGAUGGACCUUCCCGAGUCUACCAAAGUUGUAUACAAUAGGAUCCAGAAACUAGAGCCAGAAAACGUCUCUAAAAUCCUCGGAUAUAUCCUGAUACAAGAGAAUGCUGAUCGCGACAUGAUCCGUCUGGCCUUCAGCCCGGAUAAUUUGCUCCACUCUCUGAUUAACAAAGUCAAAACCCGCCUUGGAUUAACCUCCACAGCACCAAUUUCCGCUCCCAUUUCCCCACCUCAGUUGAUCCCAAACCAGCCCUUGGAUAUCCCCCUACAGUUCGUGCAUUUCUCCCAAUCCCCAUCUCGCCCCUUCUCAUCGCCUGCUAGUCUAAGAGCUAACCAUCCUUAUACUGUGGAAUUUGCGCCACCCAUUUACGCUGAUUCAGCUGCCAAUCGUGACUACCACCUGCAAAACCAACUUCAGUUUCUAUCACUGGAAGAUCGUUUGGAUAACUCUGUUGGUUCGGAUUUCUCUAGCAGCAAUUACUAUUGCCCAGAACCGGCAUUAGGCCCUAGAACCAGGAGGUCUCCAAGCUUGCCUGAAUUUCCUCUCAAGGUUUGCCAUUACUAUAUCAAGGGUUUCUGCAAGCACGGAAACAACUGUAGGUAUUUCCACCCCACCCCAGAAAGCUUCUCUCAGAUGCUCAACAACCCUAGUUCAAGCGUGUUUUAUAAUGAAGACAAUUUUUUCUCACCUGGGUCUCUUGAGAAGUUAGAGUUGGAAAUCACUGAGCUUUUGAAAUCAAGGAGAGGGUUUCCUGUUUCGAUUGCCUCUUUGCCAAUGUUGUAUUAUGAGAAAUAUGGGAAGAGUUUGCAGGCUGAGGGCUACCUCACUGAGAGCCAGAGACACGGUAAGGCUGGCUAUAGCCUUACCAAACUUCUUGCUCGAUUGAAGAACAACAUUCGUCUUAUUGACAGACCUCAUGGCCAGCAUUCGGUAAUUUUGGCUGAAGAUUUUCCGAAAUAUAUGGAGUUCAAUGGGGAAAGAAGUGAUCAUGGGGGGAUUGAUGCCAGUUCUCGGCAGAUUUAUCUUACUUUUCCAGCUGAGAGCACAUUUACGGAGCAAGAUGUUUCCAACUACUUCAACAAGUAUGGGCCUGUUCAAGAUGUGAGGAUUCCUUGCCAACAGAAGAGGAUGUUUGGGUUUGUGACCUUUGUUUUUGCCGAGACAGUCAAGCAGAUUUUGACAAAGGGAAAUCCUCAUUUCGUAUGCGGUGCUCGUGUUCUGGUGAAACCUUACAGGGAGAAGUCAAGGCUUAUUGACAGGAAAUAUGUGGACAAAAUGCAGCACUCCAUGUACAAUGGCUCACCCUUUGAUGAUCAAGAACCUGAGCUUCACUCAAUGCCUCAAGUUUGCGACAAUUCAACAUUAAUCAGGCAUAAACUUAUGGAAGAACAUCAGGCACUUGAACUAGAGAGAAAGCAUCUCUCAGAUAUGCAAUUAGCACCCAAAGCCAAAAACCAUCACCAGUACUUUGGCUACUCAAUGGAUGAGUUGAAGCUGCCUAAAGCGCGUGCAGAACAAACAGACUUCCCAUCUGCUGACCAUUUCAGUUAUAUGCUGGAUGUGCUGAACAAUGGUUCUACCGCUGACGACAAAGUUAGGCUCAUAAAUACCCGUUACGAUGACCAGGAGAGCAGUCAAGGACUUAAUCUUCCAGACAGCCCAUUUGCAGCUCCAAUAGGGAGUGGCAUCUCAACAGUGACAUAGACUCGGACAGAAACAGAGAAGAACUAUAGAGAUAGAGGAAUGAAGUUCAAGGCCAUUUCAACAGGUUGGACACAGAAACACAAAACUCUCUUCUUACAUCUUUCUUUCCUUUUUCCCAUUUCCAUCAGAUAGUCUCGGACUCGUCAGUCGGUAUUUCGCUGCCUGUUCAUAUCCAGUAGAGGAGAAAUAACAUAUCCCGAGGAAGCAAAAAGAAGCAUAUGGUAUAGAUACAUGUAAAGAGGCUUUUUUGUUGAUGUUAGUAAACUUAACCACAGGAAGCAAGCAAGAAAGCUUGAGGGUUUUUAGCAGAGGAUGUAAGUAUAGUUUUCUUUGCAUGGCUUAAGAAAGGAACUAGUGCAGUAUGCAGGGUUGCUAAGAGGACUGGAAAAAAAAUAUGUAGCGAUCUCCGCAACUCCAGAAACCAGAUGCUAAUAAUAGUUUUUAUUUUAGACA